AUCUGUGGUUAUGGAGACCUGCCUGCUCAUUCUGCUCUACAUUAUUUCAUUCUUCCAAGCAUCAGGAGACAGGCAGACAGAAUCUUCAAAUCUGGACUGUUUAUAUGACUCAUUUGAGACAGUCAUUUGUACCUGGAUCCCUGUGAAAAAUGCUAUGAAAGGGCAAUGCCAACUCACUGCUUCAGUCGACUAUGGGAAACCACCUAAGACAUGUCAAAUGAAUGGUACGAGCAUAAGGAGUUGUAAGUUGAUUCUUGAGGAUUACAGCUUGGCUAUUAUAGACCCUCUUUUCUUGGUUGUGUCUUGCAACAUUGGGAAGAAAUGGACAGAAGUUCAUAGUCAGACAAUAGAACCAUUUAAAAACAUUCAACUUCAGCCUCCUUGCAACUUGCAACUUGAAAAUGCCAGCAAGCCUUCCUACAAUUUAACAUGGACACUGUGUGUUGUCUCCCAUUAUCUAAAAGAAAAACUGGAAUAUGAAAUACGGUAUAGAGCAAAUUCUUCUGGUGAGACUGAAACAAUCCUGCCCAUAGCUCAGGAUCAGAAAUGGGUAAUAAUUGAGAACCUUUCUCCUGGCACAGUGUUUGAGGCAGCCAUUCGUGUCAAAAUAAAACAGAUCAGCUAUUACAACAGUAUAUGGAGCAGAUGGAGCACACCUCCUUUAAGAUGGAGGACAGAUCCUGAAGCAUCACCACAAACUACAUUCCUUCCAGUUAUUGUAGCCAUUGCCGGGAGUUUCAUCAUUUCCAUCUUCGUCAUUUUCUUGAUUGUAUCUCCAGCAUCAAAAUGCUUUAGAAAGAUGCUUAAGAUCAAUUUGCCAGAUCCAGCUGAGUUCUUUCCAUCUCUCACUGAUAUCCAUGGAGGAGAUAUCCAGAAGUGGUUGUCCUCCCCAGCAUCCAUUACUUCCUUCAACAUUACAGCUGAAGCCCCCAAUGUCUCUAUAUUAGAGAUAAUGCAAAAUAGCAGCAAGGAGUCCUGCCUUCUCCCUCCUAAGGAAUACUUCACAAAUAUUGAGAACACAGCAGAGACCAGUGGAGAGUCCUCAAGCAGCUGCUUUAUGAAUCGUGGCUAUUUCUUUUUCCAUCAUCUUGACUCCCUUGAGAUUGAUUCCUGCAAGGUGUAUUUUACCUAUGAUGCUGUGACUCGUAGUGAAGAUAGUGAUUUCUAUUUCCACAAAGAGCUCCAUGAAGCAAGUCACAAUUUUCCUUCAUCUACCAACAUCAUGACAAACCAGGAAAAUGGUGCCUUUAUUCAAGAUUAUUCAAGAGACAUUUUUCCAUCAGGAGGGAACUUCCCAAUAGCAUCAACUAUAGAACAGAAUGAAAACAUGGAAGACAGAAUUCCUCUUGUCUUGUCUUCAAACUCCCCUGAGCAGUAUUCCAUAGAUGAUUCAAGCAAGCCACAAUCAUCUAGCCACAAUACUGGUGGAAUAGAAUUACUCAGAAAUGAAGACUUAUCUAAUAAUGUUAUGAGAAAUAAUAGGUUCAUGUUUUCAAACCAAGACCAGUCCAAUGAUUUCUGCAGAGCUGCAUCCUCCAGCCAGAUCCCCAGUUCCUCAGAAGGAACCUAUCUGUCCUUGCGGGAUUUUCAGAGACAUUACAGUCAUCAUUCUGUCUAAUUCCAUGAUGGGAAGCCUCUUUUGAGAGCAAGA